UGAUAGAACUAGUAGCAGUAUAAGUUGCUUGGUUACAUAUUAAAGCGUAUGCUCUUACGAAUCGUUGCAUUAUCUUUUACGCGUGCCUCACAUUAUGCAUUAAUAUUUAACCUCGACAUAUUACUACUGCCGCAGUAUCGGGUAAACCGUCGAGCAGUACGCGUCAGGGAUUCAAUCGCUGUUGUCUGAGAAAAGUUGAAUUGUCGAUUUAGUAGAUUGCAGAGGGGGAAAGAAAAAUAAUGGCAGAGAAGAAAAAGCUUCGUGAGUCUGAGGACGCUGAGCCUGAACAAAUAGUGGAUCCAUGGAAAGUAGUCACCACAUCGGAUAAAGGGGUGGACUAUGAGAAGCUCAUCAGGCAGUUCGGUAGUGAGCGCAUCGAUGAGGCGAUGUUACAGAGAUUUGAGGCUGUGACGGGGCAUAAGCCGCAUCGCUUUCUCAGGCGAGGAAUAUUCUUCUCCCAUAGGGAGCUGAAUCUCAUUCUGGAUUUGUACGAAGCGAAGAAACCUUUCUUCCUUUACACCGGUAGAGGGCCCUCUUCAUCGUCGAUGCAUGUCGGCCAUCUCAUUCCUUUCAUCUUCACCAAGUGGCUGCAAGAUGUUUUCGACGUCCCCCUCGUUGUCCAGAUGACUGACGAUGAGAAGUUUCUGUGGAGAGAGUUAGAAACACCCGACGUCGCCCAGGAGCUCGCCUACCAGAACGCCAAGGAUAUCAUUUCCUGUGGGUUUCAUAAGGAUAAGACCUUCAUCUUCUCGAACAUUGACUACAUCACGUCCUCUCCUGCUUUCUAUAAGAACAUGUUAAAGGUCGAGAAGUUGGUGACCUUCAAUCAGGUCCGAGGGAUCUUCGGAUUCAACGAAAGUGAUGCCAUUGGCAAGAUCAGCUUCCCAGCGAUUCAGGCGACACCAUCCUUCAGCAACUCGUUCCCUGAGAUAUUCGGGGACGCUUCAGACGUCCCCUGUUUGAUCCCAUGUGCCAUUGAUCAGGACCCAUACUUUAGGAUGACCCGUGACGUAGCACCGAAGCUGGGUUACUUGAAGCCCGCCCUCAUUCACUCAACGUUCUUCCCAGCGCUUCAGGGAGCUCGGACCAAGAUGAGCGCCAGUGAUAAAACAUCAUCCAUCUUUCUCACCGAUUCACAAGAAGACAUCAAGAACAAGAUCAAUAAAUACGCGUUCUCGGGAGGUGGAGCCACGGAGAAGGAGCACCGGGAAAAUGGAGGCGACUGUGAAACCGACAUCUCAUAUCAAUAUCUCAGCUUCUUCCUCGAGGACGACGAGCGAUUGGCCUACAUCAAAAAAGAAUACAGCAGUGGUAGGAUGAUGACCGGUGAACUCAAGAAAGAACUUAUCGUCAUCUUACAGUCGAUCAUCGGUGAUAUCCAGAAAAAGCGGAAGGCUGUAACCGAUGACCUACGACGUCACUACAUGACCGCAAGAAAACUGAACCAUAAGGCUUAAAACAAUGAUUGAAUACGUUUGAUUUCGAUUGACAUGAUAAUAUAUUUAUAUUGCAGUUUGCACAGAUAAUACUGAAGGUUGAGUUCUGAAAAAGGGGGAAAUGUUAGCACGGGGGAGUAUCAUAUAAACAGAAAAGAUCACUUGUAAAUGACUGCUCUUUAAAUGCCUUUCAUAU